AUGGUGGUGGGGCUGACGAUGGAGCGGUCGGCGCUGUAUGAGCGGAUCGACGCACGGAUUGACGCGCAGAUGGCGGCGGGAUGGCUGGAUGAGGUGCGCGGACUGCGGGAACUCGGGUAUGGAUUGGAGCAUGCUGCGCUGUCGGGGCUGGGGUAUGGCGAACUGAUGCGGCACCUGGACGGGGAGAUGGCGCUCGACGAGGCGGUGCAGCGGAUCAAGUACACGUACGCACAGUCAUUGUCAUUUUCGAUGCAAGCUAAUCCGAGAAUAUAUGCCUUGCUGUUGGGGUCUGGUGUGUCUCGGCCGGCCGAAAUUCCUACAGGCUGGGAAAUUGUGGUUGACCUGCUGGGGAAGCUUGCGGCGAGUAUGGGUGAGGAAGGCGUGACUGACGUUGAGGAAUGGUACUUCGAAAAGUAUCAGGAAUUCCCAGAUUACUCGAAAAUGCUUGAUGCUCUUGCCAGAAAACCGGGGGAACGCCAGCAGCUAUUGCGUCCGUAUUUUGAACCUAGUGACGAGCAGCGUCGGGAAGGAGUGAACAGCCCCAAAAACGUGAGGCUCACAAGCGAAUGA